AUGAUGAUGGAGAUGGAGAUGCUGAGGGAGGGAGAGGCAAGUAGGCGUAGUGCGAGCAUAGCAUUGGCAUCGAUCUCGAAAGCAAACGGGCUCGUGACUGUGUGCAGCGAGCGCAUGCUGAGAUCUGACCUGUUUCACAACCACCACCACCACCACCGAAAAGCCAACCUAGACAACACUUCUCCUUCUCCUCCUCCUCCUCCAUCUCCACCCCACAUCCCCACACGAGAAAUGGUAUCCCCAACGACGAUCAAGUCACUUAUCCGAGAACUCACCUCUCUCUCCCGUAGCCCUCCCGCGGACAUCCGAGUCUCCCUAUCCGAAACCGACAUCCUCUCCUUCCAAGCGUACAUCCUCGGCCCCCACUCCACACCCUACUCCGGGGGCUACUUUCGCAUCCUCUUCGAUUUCACCGAUGUCGACUUCCCCACGCACCCACCACGAUGUACCUUUUCCACGCCGAUCUUCCACCCGAACGUGUCUCGAACCGGCGAAAUCUGCGUCUCUUCUCUCAAAAAAGACUGGAAGAAGGAAUACGGAAUCGAGAGGAUCUUGACCACCAUCAAGUGUUUGCUCAUCGAACCUAAUCCGGAUAGUGCGUUGGAUGCAGAGGCGAGUAGGUUGAUGCAGGAGGAUUGGGAUGAGUAUGUCGAGACUGCGAGGUUGUGGACUAGCGUCCAUGCGAAUGCUAGACCAGCGUGUUUCCAGGUCACCGAGCAACAAGAUACCCCAGAACCACUCAAGGUUCUUCCAUCAAACUGCUCUACAUCGGCAUUGCCAACCGCUGCCACCGCACCGGUCAAGUCAACAUCAACCAGAACACCCGUCACAACAGCACCAAAACGUGGCCUCCGUCGUCUCUAG